AUGAUAAAAUAUUUAAUCAUUUCUACUCUUGUUUUAAGUUGCAUUUCAAGUGACUUGGAUCUAAAUACAUUUAGUAAUUAUUUAGAGGUGAGAAUUAAUCAUUUGCAUUUGGAGUGGCUACUAGAUUUAGAUAAUAAGUUAGUGAAUGCAACAGCAGAAUAUCAAAUAAAAGUGUUAAGGAAUGUAGAUCAUAUUGAUUUGGAUAUCUAUUUGUUGGAUGUGUUUAAUGUUUAUCUAUUGAAUGGAAAUCCUCUUGAAUUUUAGAUACAAGUUAUUCGAAAUUAAACUCUUGUGUAAGGAGACAAGCUAGUAAUAAAGCUUGAUCGAUAAUACAAAGCCUUAGAAAAUCUGAUAAUCAGAAUUAAAUAUGCCUAUACAGAUAAGGCAAGGGCUGCAGGUUUUUUAACAAAAGAAUAGACUUAAAGUAAGAAGGUUCCUUAUAUGUUUUCAUAAUGUGAAGCUAUAAAAUGUAGAUCACUAAUGCCUCUCUAAGACACACCUAGUGUUAAGUUUACUUAUUCAUCCACAGUCUUGAGCAAAGACCCUCUAAUUAAAGUGUUUAUGACCGGUCACUAAGUAGAUUCUCUAUAGUUGAUUGGGCAAUAUGAAGAAACUAGAUUAUACUAAUACUCUUUUAAAUUAGAUAUUCCUAUUCCUGCAUAUUUAAUAGGAAUAGUGGCAGGAGAGGUUGAAUAAAGGAAUGUGGGAGGAAAUUGUUAUGUUAUUUCUGAGCCUCACUUUUUAGAGGGCUAUGCAAAGGAAUUAGAAGAACUCCCCUUCUUUCUUGAAAAAAUGUCUGAAUACAUAGGUCCAUAUAUCUGGGGAGAGUAUAAGAUAGUGGUACUGCCCUAAUCUUGUCCUUUCGGAGGAAUGGAACAUCCAUUAUUAACCUUUGCAAGUCCGAUGAUGAUUGUAGGAGAUAAAAGUGGUGUUGGCAUAGCUAUACAUGAAAUAGCUCAUUCUUGGAUGGGCAAUACUGUGACUGGCAAUAAUUGGUCCAAUUUAUGGAUAAUGGAGAGUUUAUGUGUUUUCUUAGAGAGGAAGACUUAUUAAUUUGUAAGACCAAAAGAUUAUGAUGUAAUUGAAGCAAUAAAUGGAAAUAUUGAUAUGAUUGAAGAUAUUGAAGGUUUUGUUGAUCCAGAGAAAAUAACCUAUAAAUCUUUGCAUCCAAAUACUGCUUGGAAAAACCCCAAUGAUUCUUUCUCGUUGGUUCCCUAUGAAAAAGGAUACCAAUUGCUCUAUUACCUUGAAUAAUUAAUUGGAGAAGAGAAUUUUAAAUUCUUUCUAAGAUCCUAUUUAGAUUACUUUAAAUUUCAGAGUAUAGAUGAAGAUGACUUUUACAAGUAUCUGUUAAGAUGGGUCAGAUAAAAUAUAUAGGAUAAUCAAUAGGCAAUUAUUAAUGAGAUUAUUCUAAUUUACAAACCAUGGGUGUAUGAUUUGGGAUUACCACCAAGAUAAUUCUCUUAAACUACUCCAAAAUAUCAAUAGGCUAUAUCUUUGGCAAAUGCUUGGAUAUAAAAUAAUGAGUAGCCUUAAAAUGCAAAUGAAUACAAUGACUACAUGCCAAACCAAUAAACUAUUUUUAUGUAGUAGAUUAUGUCUAAUUGGGAGAAGUUAACUAAUUCAAAAAUUAAAGCUCUAGAUGAUUUUUACAAGUUUUCAGGAGCUAAAUAAGGAGUAUAGAUAGGUUUUAAAUGGUAUAGAACUAUUGUACUUUGUAAAUACGAAGAUUCAUUUUGGGCUGUUAGAUAAUUUUUAUAAAGUAUUGGAGUUCGAUCUUAUAUUGUUGGAAUUUAUGAAGUUUUGAUAUAAAAUUACUUAAAUUUAGCAAAGUAGUGGUUUGAAGAAGAUAAAUAUCUGUAUCAUCCUUUAGUUUCAAACAAAGUAUAAGACAUGCUGAACAAAGCAGGUAUAUUUGAGUGA